AUGACUGAAAGCUCCGCGAACAAACUGCUGAACGGAGACGCCUGUCGUCGGACUUCAAGCGGUCAAAAAGCAAGCAAAAAUGGCUUCGUGAAGAACCACUGCUUGUUUCAACAGCCGCAGAAGUAUCGUCGCCCCGGGGAGAAGAACCAACAUGGCACACACAACUCGAGCCUGUACAAGAGGCCCUUUGUGGAAUCGUUUGAGCAGACUCCUCUACUAGUGGCUGUGCUUACCUACGUGGGCUAUGGCAUCCUCACCAUCUUUGGCUACCUCCGGGACUUUCUCCGCCACUGGAACAUCGGGAAAUGCACAAUGGCACGAGAGCGAGAAGAGCAGAAGGACUUUGUCCCACUCUAUCAAGACUUUGAGAACUUUUACACCAGGAACCUAUACAUGAGGAUCCGAGACAAUUGGAACCGACCCAUCUGUAGUGUUCCUGGGGCAAAGAUGGACCUGGUGGAGCGAGUUUCGCCUGAUUACAACUGGACCUUCCAGCACACGGGCAAAGUGGUGAAGGGUGUCAUCAACAUGGGCUCGUACAAUUACCUCGGCUUUGCUGAGAACACUGGGGCUUGUGCAGACUCUGCCAUUGAGGUAACACAGAAGUAUGGCGUGGGAGUUGGCAGUACCCGCUGUGAAUUAGGGAAUCUUGACAUCCAUGAGGAGUUGGAACAUUUGAUUGCCCGGUUUCUUGGUGUAGAAUCAGCCAUGGCUUUUGGUAUGGGCUUCGCUACUAAUUCCAUGAACAUUCCUGCUCUCACUGGGAAGGGGUGUCUCAUCCUAAGUGAUGAGCUGAAUCAUGCGUCACUUGUGUUGGGUGCCCGUCUGUCCGGCUCAACAAUUCGUGUCUUCAAACACAACAACAUGCAAAGCCUAGAGAAACUCCUGCGAGAUGCCAUUGUACAUGGACAGCCAAGGACCCAUCGACCCUGGAGAAAAAUACUCAUUUUAGUAGAGGGCAUUUACAGCAUGGAGGGUUCUAUUGUGCGUUUGCCAGAGGUCAUUGCCCUAAAGAAGCGCUACAAGGCAUACGUAUACCUGGAUGAGGCCCAUAGUAUUGGUGCCUUGGGGCCUAACGGCAAGGGAGUGGUGGACUACUUUGGUCUAGAUCCCACGGAUGUGGACGUCAUGAUGGGAACAUUCACAAAAAGUUUUGGUGGAGCUGGGGGUUACAUCGGAGGCAAAAAGGAGCUGAUUGAAUACCUGCGACAACACUCUCACAGUGCCAUGUAUGCCACCUCAAUGCCUCCACCCGUGGCCCAACAAAUCAUCACCUCAAUGAAAAUCAUUAUGGGAGAGGACGGGACCACACUGGGUGCAGACCGCCUCCGCCAGCUAUCCGAGAACACAACCUACUUCCGCAGGAAACUUUGUGAGAUGGGCGUCAUCAUCUAUGGCAACAGUGACUCACCUGUCGUACCCGUGAUGCUCUACAUGCCUGCCAAAAUUGGGGCAUUUGGCCGUGAGAUGCUCAAGCGGAACAUCGGCACGGUGGUCGUUGGCUUCCCGGCAACUCCCAUCAUCGAAUCUCGAGCACGUUUUUGCAUUUCGGCUGCUCACACCAGGGAAAUGCUAGACACAGUAUUGGAGGCCAUGAAUGAAGUGGGCGACUUGCUGCAGCUGAAGUACUCCAGGCGUAGACAGUCUCCUCCUAAUAUCAGGUGGACAUCUGAGCAAAGCCAGCUUCAGGACUAA